GCUUGUAGUGGAGAAGAUGGCGAACCGUGGUGGUUUUCAGACAGCCUCAGCUGGAGGUGGAAGCGGCGGAAUGGGGCCUGGUCCUCCUGUAGGUGGUGGAGGUCCCGGUAUGGGUCCAGGAACACCUUCGGGUAGAAUGGGGCCGUCACCAGGUGCUCAAAAUCAUCUUUAUCGCUCCCCGAUGCCUGGACCUGGAUACCCGAGGCCUGGUGGUAUGCCCCCCUCCAGCCGCAUGACUCCCCAGGGGCCCUCCAUGGGCCCUCCCGGGUAUGGCGGCAGCCCAGUGUCCCGCCCCGGCGGCAUGCCCGUCAUGGAUCCGUCCCGCAAGAGGCCCGCUCCACAGCAGAUCCAGCAGGUUCAGCAGCAGAACCGCAACCAGCAUGCAAAGAAGAAGAAAAUGGCUGACAAGAUUCUACCUCAGAGGAUUAGAGAACUAGUGCCCGAGUCUCAGGCCUACAUGGACCUGCUGGCCUUUGAGAGGAAACUCGAUCAGACCAUCAUGCGCAAGAGACUGGACAUCCAGGAGGCUCUCAAACGACCCAUCAAGCAAAAGAGGAAGUUGCGCAUCUUUAUCUCGAACACCUUCAACCCUGCCAAACCUGAUGCAGAGGAUGGGGAGGGCACUGUUGCAUCAUGGGAACUCCGUGUUGAGGGUCGCUUGCUAGAGGAUCAGGCUGUGUCCAAGUACGAGGCCACCAAGCAGAAGAGGAAGUUCUCCUCCUUCUUCAAGUCCCUGGUCAUCGAGUUGGAUAAGGACCUCUAUGGGCCGGAUAAUCAUCUGGUUGAGUGGCACAGGACUCCCACUACCCAGGAGACGGAUGGUUUCCAGGUGAAGAGGCCGGGAGAUGUUGGUGUGCGCUGCACAGUCCUGCUCAUGCUCGACUACCAGCCCCCCCAGUUUAAGCUGGACCCGCGUCUGGCCAGGCUGCUGGGGAUCCACACCCAAACCCGGCCGGUCAUCAUCCAGGCCCUCUGGCAGUACGUCAAGACCCACAAGCUCCAGGACCCGCAUGAGCGGGAGUUUAUCAAUUGUGACAAAUACCUCCAGCAGAUCUUUGAGACCCAGAGGAUGAAGUUCUCUGAGAUUCCUCAGCGUCUGCAUGCUCUGCUCAUGCCCCCAGAGCCAAUCAUCAUCAACCAUGUCAUAAGUGUGGACCCUAAUGACCAGAAGAAGACCGCCUGCUAUGACAUUGACGUUGAGGUGGACGACACCCUGAAGACUCAGAUGAACUCUUUUCUGCUGUCCACUGCAAGCCAGCAGGAAAUCGCAGGCCUGGACAACAAGAUUCAUGAGACCAUUGAGACCAUCAAUCAGCUGAAGACUCAGAGAGAGUUCAUGUUGAGCUUCGCCAGAGACCCACAGGGCUUCAUCAAUGACUGGCUGCAGUCUCAGUGCAGAGACCUCAAGACGAUGACUGACGUGGUUGCGAACCCAGAAGAGGAGCGUCGUGCCGAGUUCUACUUCCAGCCCUGGGCUCAAGAGGCUGUGUGCCGCUACUUCUACUCUAAGGUCCAGCAGAGGAGGCAGGAGCUGGAGCAGGCUCUGGGCAUCAGGAACACAUAAGAGCUCCCACACCCAUCCACCCGCCACACUGGCCGUCAUCUUUAAUGCCAACCCGGUGGGCCAGUGGCUUCUGGGGGCCUGAGCGCUAGCUGCAUUGCAUCGCAGCAGCCCAUAAUUCACCCUGGCCUGCUCUGAUGUGUCCAGGAGGGUUCUUCUACCGUGGUUCAUCAGACUGUUCCCAUGAUUUUCACCUUGGUGUGUGUGAGUGUGUGUGUGUAUGUGUGUGUGUUCAGUGCUGUAAAGACUUUUGCUACCCAUGCUGAGGCUUCUCAGACUUUAGCAAGAGUAUUAUGAUGUCCCUCUAUUUUAACCACAAUGGUGUGUGUGUGUGUGUGUGUGCGCGCGUGUGUGCUGCAGGUUGUUUUAAAUGACGUAAGUGUGUGAGUGUGUUGAGUUGGUAACUCUGAAGAGGCACAUGAGAUGGACAUUCUUCACAUUUCAUUGUGGGGAAAAAAGACCUCAGUUACACACUAAUUCCACAUUACUAUGAAGAAAAAUAACAUUUCCAUUUGAUCUCGUUGACAUGUGAGUUAUCUCAUAUCUAAACACUAUGACUUGUAUUCUUAAAAGUGUUGGCCUUAUCCCAGUUAUGUGCUAACCAAAUCUCUUCUUUUGUCCCCUUUCCUUAAAACCAGAUUGUUAGAUUGAGUGUAAAUGGGCCUUUUUAUGAUUAUCUUUUGUGAAAAGGUUAGCUUUUCAUGUAGGACUUGUGUUCUCAUUUAAUGAACUAUAUAAAAGUACAGUAGUCUUGUACAUUAGGCAUAGAAGAUUCUAGAGGAAGUAGCUAUGGUUGUAAAUACUAAUAGAAGCAGAUGAUUGGAGGGGCUAGCAACAUGAAGAAAGUGCAUUAGUGAACAACUCAGCAGCCAGCGGCUCCGCUAAAUAACCGGUCUACAACACAGGUAGUCUAGUUCAGCGGCCUGUCUUCUUUUUCCCCCAAUUAGAAAAUAUUCCUCAAACAGUCAUGGUCUCUGGUGUAUACUCCAGGUAGUGUACUUGCUGUAGUAAGCAAUCACCAGAUGCAUACUUCAGCCACUGCACCUGUGUUAUACUUUCAGAAUGCCUGUCAGCCUCUAUACCUAUUGUUGGAUGCUCAGAUGCAUACAUCAACCUCUCUUCCUGAUGUAGUAUGCUCCCAGAUACAUACUUCAUCUGCUGUAGUAUUCUUACCUAUAAAGUUGACUUUGGGCCAGAUGUGUUCCUUACCUGGCACUAAUUUGAGGCCAGGUCCACACUAGACUCAGCUGCCUGUAGUGUAGUUUCUGUAAUAUACUCAGCUUGAGCCGUCUGACUCCUGCUAUAUCGCAGAGGCUGCACAGUGGCAGGCAGCUAGUGUGAAGGAUAAAACGGGUUUGCUGGUUCGGUUGCUACUGAGAGGAUCAUGCAUUGCUCUGGUGAUGUAGAACCAUAGCCUCUACAUUACUUAAAAAUAUGUAUAGAAGUGGCAAAUUCAUUUUAUAUUUUCGAUUCUUUUUUGUUGUUAAAUAUAUACACAUUUGAUUAUUUGUAAUAAUUAUUUGUUGUAUUUACAUUACUUUUGACAUUAAAUUGUUUUGACACUUUGUUUUGCCCUUUUGGCUUAUAGGAGAUUACAUGGCCUGUAUAUUCAGGUCGGAGAUCUCUGUUAACCUUUUUCUUUCAUGGACCAAACUUGUCAUUAUUUCUGUAUCCCUUUGUCUAAAUAAAGAUAAACUUGUAUUGAUGCCAAA